AUGAGAGCUGUGGCCCUGCCGGGCGGAUACACAAACAGCCAGCACUGGGUGUCCUGGCGGCUGGCCGUGGGGCUGGUGCUGGCCGGGAGCACGAGGAGGGGCCCUGCUGGGGACACCUGGGGCUGCUGGCAGAGCUCGCGGCACUCCAAGCUGGAGAAGGCCGACAUCCUGGAGAUGACCGUCAAGCACCUGCGGAGCCUGCAGCGGGCGCAGAUGACCGCUGCGCUGAGCACAGAUCCUACAGUGCUGGGCAAGUACCGCGCCGGCUUCAGCGAGUGCAUGAACGAAGUGACACGGUUCCUCUCCACCUGUGAAGGUGUCAACACUGAGGUGCGCACCCGGCUCUUGGGCCACCUGGCCAGCUGCAUGACCCAGAUCAACGCCAUCAACUACCCCGUGCCGCCCCCACCGCUGCCACCGCCACCCGCAGCCUUCGGGCCACCCCUGGUGCCGCCAGGCGGAGGUGCAGGGCCGCUCCCAGCUGUACCCUGCAAGCCAGGUUCUGAUGCAGCCAAGGUGUACGGUGGCUUCCAGUUGCUGCCUGCCUCUGACGGGCAGUUCGCCUUCCUCAUCCCCAGCGCUGCCUUUGCUCCUGGUGGGGCUGUGCUGCCCCUCUAUGGCGGUCCACCCACGGCUGCCACCGCCGCCUCGCCCCCUGGCCCCUCACCCGGCACUGCUGACUCAGUCUGGAGGCCCUGGUGAGGGUGCCAGACACCGGACUGGACUGAGCACCGCGCCCCGUGCUGCUGGCACGGCUGUACAUAGGUUAUACGUUCAUAUUGGAUUGUGCCUUUGUACCAUAGCACUCCCUGCGACUGUGUUUCGUGUUUUACACGAGAUCUUUUUUUCUCUUCCUUUCCCUUCCUUAUGUGACACCAAAGAUCGGGAUUUUUUUUUUUUUUUUGAAUGCUCUUAAAAUAAAAGAGUCUCUUCUGUUUUGGAAGGCUUUUGGAGAUA